AUGGCGCCCUUUCGACAAGAUAGUUACUUUAUUAUCUAUCCAAGCUCACAACAUGCUCUUGUCCAGUUUGGCAUGAGAGAAGAAACGUUGUAUCCUCCUCAGUACAAGAUCCCAAUUUCCGUUUACAAGACCAUCAAUGGCAAAUAUACGACUGAGAAAGAGGGAAACGAGCUGGUUAAGCCACUUUUGGAUGGCCAAAUAGUAGAUUUGGACGGGUUUUUGUUCUUCCUGGAACUGGUGUACAAGUCGUACCUUGCACAACGGUCGCGUUUUGGUGCCAGUCCGGAGGUCUUUGACAUGGAGCUCUCGAACAUCCCAAUGCUUCUGGUGAGCCAUCCUUCCUGGACACAUUUUCAAGUCGAAAGAAUCACACAAUUGGUGUUUGAGCAGCUCCAGAUAAACAAUUUUAUGUUUUUGUCUUCGAAUCUAGCCUGUUCGUAUGCUCUUGGGUCGCUGCAAAACUGCGUGGUUAUUGAUGUCCAUGCAGACAGCACUGAUGUGACCCCCAUCAUGGACUACAUCCAGUUGACGCAUCUUUCCGGGAAGGUGAAGAAUGGCGGCGAUUUGAUAAACCAAGAGCUGGCUCACUCACUCCCGCAAUGGAGCCCAGACCAGAUUGAGGACUUGAAAAGGUCACCCGUUUACGAGGUCCUAAGCGAAGAUGCGAAAAAUGUUUCCAAGCUUAAUUUUCAAAAUGAGGAGGACGAUGGUGCUUUCGAUGUCGCUGCACUGGUAACCAGCGAUAGAGACACCCGAGAGCUGCUCGAAGAAAACGAAAAGGGCAAAGAAAGUCAGCAGACGACCAACAGCGAACAAGAAACGAAUACAUUUGUAGAUCGCGACGGCCAACAAGUCACAGUGGGAAAACAGAGGUUCAAGGGUUGUGAAAAGCUUAUUUCAGAGAUAUCCGCUGUUGUGGGACGUGUGCUUGUGAAGAUCGAUGAUUUCCAUAAGCUCCGGGCAAUCUGGGAAAAUAUUGUCGUGAUUGGUGGAACCACUGAAAUCUCGGGAUUCAAAGAAGCACUUCUUCAGAAGCUCUUAGAGGAUCACUUAAUCGAGGAGCCUAUUGCCGAAAAGACUACCAGAGAACAAGACUAUUACAAUCAAGCAACAAACAAGAAAAAAGCCAAGGCCUUGUUUUCCAAUAACGUCGAUUAUGUUCAAAUACCUACCGUCAUUAGAUUGGCCAAGUAUCCAGACUACUUCCCCGAGUGGAAGAAACACGGUUACAGUGAGCUACCGUUUCUGGGGGCACAGAUUGUGGCCAAGCAGGGCUUUGGGCACACCAAUGAGAGUUUCUAUAUUACCAGAGAGAGAUACGACAAAAAGGGUCCUUCUAGCGUGUGGGAUGUGACCUUUUGA